AUGGGUGUUCCCUCAUUCUUUAGAUGGUUAUCUAGGAAAUACCCCAAGAUUAUAUCCCCCGUAAUAGAAGAACAACCGCAGGUAGUUGAUGGUGUUACGCUGCCCAUAGACUAUACAGCUCCUAACCCUAAUGGGGAAUUGGAUAAUCUGUAUUUGGAUAUGAAUGGUAUUGUUCAUCCAUGUUCUCAUCCAGAGAAUAAGCCACCGCCAGAGACUGAAGAUGAAAUGUUAUUAGCCGUUUUUGAGUAUACUAAUCGUGUUCUAAACAUGGCAAGACCACGUAAAGUGCUUAUGAUUGCUGUUGAUGGUGUUGCACCAAGAGCUAAGAUGAAUCAACAGAGAGCUCGUAGAUUCAGAAGUGCUAAAGAUGCUCAAAUUGAAAAUGAAAACAGGGAAAGAAUCAUGCAAGAGCGGGAACAAUUAGGUGAAAUAAUAGACGGUGCCGUUAAAACUAAAAAGACCUGGGAUUCUAAUGCAAUUACUCCAGGUACUCCCUUCAUGGAUAAAUUGGCAGCAGCGUUAAGGUAUUGGUGUUCCUUUAAAUUGGCAACAGAUCCAGGUUGGAAGAAUUUACAGGUCAUUAUCAGUGAUGCUACAGUGCCUGGUGAAGGUGAACAUAAAAUUAUGAAUUUUGUCAGGUCACAAAGAGCAGAUGCACAAUACAACCCAAAUACUACUCACUGCAUAUAUGGGUUAGAUGCCGAUUUAAUCUUUUUAGGAUUAGCAACGCAUGAGCCACAUUUUAAGGUGCUCAGAGAAGAUGUAUUUGCACAGGGCAAUAACAAGAGGCAUAAUCUUAAGGAUAGUUUGAACAUGAGUGAGGAGGAAAAGCAAAUGAUUGCUAAACAAGAUUCAGAGAAACCUUUCCUUUGGUUACACAUCAGCGUCCUUAGAGAAUAUUUAAGUGCGGAAUUAUGGGUGCCACGAAUGCCAUUCCCUUUCGAUUUAGAAAGGGCUAUUGACGAUUGGGUUUUCAUGUGUUUUUUCUGUGGUAACGAUUUUUUACCACAUUUGCCCUGUCUUGACGUUAGAGAGAAUAGUAUUGAUAUUUUAUUGGACAUUUGGAAAGUGGUACUGCCGACUAUGAAGACUUAUAUCACUUGUGAUGGUGAAUUGAACCUAGAGUCUGUAGAGAAACUACUUUCUCAAUUAGGAAGCCGUGAAGCUGAUAUCUUCAAAACCAGACAUAUUCAAGAAGUGAGAAAACAAGAGAAUUUUGAAAGGAAGAAGGCACAAAGGAAUGUGUCUAAAGGUCAGGAUCGACAUCCGACAAAGCCCAAUGAGCAACUACAAUUGUAUGAUACUAAUGGUAAUUUGUCUAAGAGCUCUUGGAAUUUGACAACACACGAUAUGGUUAAUCUAAAGAAAGAAAUCAUGUUAGCCAAUGAAGGUGACGCUAACGCUAUAGCGACUGUUAAGGCUCAGAGUGAUAAAAAUGAUCAAUUGAUGAAUGAAUUGAUGAAUGAACAAAUGGAUAAAGCGGUAGAUGAAGCUAACAAGACGAAUUUUACAGCAGCAGAAGUAAUGAAGAAAAAGCUUGUGGCCAAAAAGCGUAGAUUAGAAGCAGAAGAAGAAGAACAAAGGCAGGAAGAACAGAAAGAAGAAUCUAGAAAGAAGAAAAAGACUGAGGAAGAAGCAACGAAGGAGGAACCAAAUCUUGACGAUCAAAUCAAAGCAGAACUUGAAGAGGAGAGAAUUGAAGAAGAAGAAGAAGAGGAAGAGGGACAAGAUCAGGAAGAAGAACAAGGAGAAAAACCACCGGAUUGGGUUCCAGAAGUUUCUAAUGGUGGUAUCACAAGUGGUAUUGUAGAUACUGAUCAAGCUGUUAAGUUGCACGAACCAGGCUAUCAUGAAAGGUACUAUACAGAGAAAUUUCACAUUUCGCCUAACCACAUCGAUGCUCUACGUAAAGACUUGGUUAAAUGUUACAUCGAGGGUGUCUCCUGGGUUUUAUUAUACUAUUAUCAAGGUUGUGCCUCUUGGACUUGGUACUAUCCCUAUCACUAUGCGCCACUGGCGGCAGAUUUCUUUGGAUUUUCUGAUAUCAAAGUUGAAUUUCCACCAGGUAAACCAUUUUUGCCAUAUGAACAACUUAUGAGUGUUCUGCCAGCAGCAUCAGGUCACACAUUACCACCAAUUUUCCGUCCACUAAUGAGUUCUCCAGAUUCUGAAAUUAUCGAUUUUUACCCAACGGAGUUCCCGGUUGAUAUGAAUGGUAAAAAAAUGCCAUGGCAAGGUAUUGCUCUUUUACCAUUUAUUGAUGAGAAAAGAUUAUUACAAGUGGUACGUGCACAGUAUUCUAAAUUAACAGAGGAAGAAAAAUCUCGUAAUGUGGUCCGUAAUCCAAUUCUUCUAAUCAGUAAUAAAAAUGCCAACUAUGAAAAGUUUUUGAAAAAACUAUACCCUACCGAUGUACCACCUCAACCCGAAUUAUAUUUCCAACAUUUCCGUAGUGGUCUUUCUGGUGUGGUCUCUACUGACCAUGAAGGUUACAGACCAAAUAGUAAACUAAGCUGUCCGAUUCAAACCGGUUCAUUACCAGAGCUGUCUACCAAUCUUUUCCUCAAACUGGAUUAUAAAUUGGUACCCCUACCAAGUAAAAAUAAAUCCAUCAUAUUAAAUGGAUUUAUUGCAUCUGAGCCAGUUCUAUCUCCGUACGAUUUAGACGCAGUAAUGUACAAGUACAACAAUGGACCUCCUCGUCGUUGGAAUUUCGAAAAUGAUAUGCGUAACAACGUUGUACCCGUUGGUCCCUGUGGUGUGACUCAGUACAAGCCAAGAGUUGGUGGGUAUCGAUCAUUUUUCUUCUUUAGCAAUAUGCAACAACAACCGCCAACACCAAUGCAGUAUCAAAUGUCAGGCCCACCGAUUAAUAACAGAUACAAUGGAGGUGGAAAUGGCGGCGGUAGUAGGUACAGUGGUAGCUCAAGAUACGGCGAUCCUCCAAACAAUUAUCGAAACCAGAAUAAUGCACCUGGAAUGAGUCGAUACCAGACCGGUAGAUUCCCUCAGAGGUCGGGUACCAUGAGGAGGCAUUAA